CACGAGUACGCUCCUAUCUACUUGCAAGAUGCCCCUGCUGCUGCACUGCAUGACGACGGUGCUCUUGGCCAUAAGCCUCUUAGUCCGCGGCGGCGCCGCUGACAGGGUCCCGGCGGUGAUCGUGUUCGGCGACUCGACGGCCGACACCGGCAACAACAACUUCAUACAGACACUCCUCCGGGGCAACUACACGCCCUACGGCCGGGACUUUGCCGGUGGGGUCGCCACCGGCCGCUUCUCCAACGGCCGCCUCGCCGUGGACUAUGUCUCCCAGGCGCUCGGCCUGCCGCCUGUCGUGCCGGCGUACCUCGACCCUGGCCACAGCAUCCACCGGCUGGGGUCGGGUGUGAGCUUCGCCUCGGCGGGUAGUGGGCUGGACGAUAUAACGGCGCAAAUCUUUUCAGCAGUGACCCUGACUCAGCAGAUCGAGCACUUCAAGGAGUACAAGGAGAAGCUUGCUCGCGCCAAGGGCGACGCGGCCGCCAGCCACGCCAUCGCCCGUUCACUCUACCUCUUGAGCGUCGGCGCCACCGACUUGCUGGCCAACUACCUCCUCUUCCCCAUCAGGCGCUACCGCUUCACCCUACCGGAGUACGAGGAGUACCUCGUAGGCGCCGCGGAGGCGGCGGUGCGCGCCAUAUACGGCCUCGGCGCGCGGCGGGUCCGGAUCCCCGGGCUGCCGCCGCUGGGGUGCCUGCCGCUGCAGCGGACCGUCAACCCCGCCAGGCCCGGGGACUGCAACAAGUGGCACAACAUGGUGGCGCGGAGCUUCAACCGCAGGCUCAGGGCGAUGGUGUGGAGGCUCAACCGCGACCUGCCGGAGGCGCGGGUGGUGUACGUGGACCAGUACCGGCUCCUGGGGGACAUGAUCGCCAAGCCUUGGGUGUACGGUUUUGAGAAUUCAGUGCGAGGAUGCUGUGGUACAGGAUACGUUGAGACAGGAGUGUUGUGCAGCCUGGACAAUGCACUGACAUGCGAGGAUGCUGAUAAAUACGUGUUCUUUGAUGCGGUCCAUCCAUCAGAAAGAGCCUACAAGAUCAUAGCCAAUGCAAUUGUACAUGCCGCAUCGCACGGACUCAAGUAGCGACACCAUCUCAUUUCGGCAAAUUUGCCAAGCAAAUGUUGGCUUAUUUGAAUUCUACAUCAUAAUCCAAUUUAGGAAAUGAUUCUGGGUUAGCAAUGUAGAAAGUACACAUUACACAGUUUGUGUUGUGCCGUCUAGUAUCAUAGUGUAUAAUACUAUUCCCUUCAUUUUAAAUGGUAAGUUAUUUUAGUUUUUCUA